AUGGGGCCACCACCCUCCGCCCCGCCGCCACCGCUGCAUCUUCCCGCUCCUCCUCGUCCGGCCCCCCGAGGACCGGCCGCCGAGUCCCCCUGGGGCUCCACUCACCCGCUGCUCGGCUCUGCCGCCCGGGCUCCACCGAACUCUCCGUCUCCCCUCACUCCCCGCAGCCCCAGGCGGCACUCGGCUGGGCUCCCCAGGCGGCCGCAGCAGCAGCAGCAGCAGCAGCCGCCACCGCCGCCGCUCCGGCUCCUCCUCCUUGCCUUCCUCCCCCGGCAGCCGCCGCUCGCUUCCUCCGGUUUCCCCUCCCUCUCUCCACCCCCUAGUCGCCAACUCCCUCCACCUUCGGCCCUCCUCCCCUGGACACGCGAUGGGUACUCUGGAGCGAAUUUCCGGAUUUCCCUGGGUCUUCCGGUCGGAGCUGUGAUCAACUGUGUGGACAACACAGGAGCCAAAAACUUGUAUAUCAUCUCUGUGAAGGGAAUCAAGGGACGGCUGAACAGACUUCCUGCUGCUGGUGUGGGGGACAUGGUGAUGGCCACAGUUAAGAAAGGCAAACCAGAACUAAGGAACAAGGUCCAUCCAGCAGUGGUAAGUCGACAACGAAAGUCAUAUGGAAGAAAAGAAGGGGUGUUUCUUUAUUUUGAAGACAACGCAGGGGGCAUAGUAAACAAUAAAGGAGAGAUGAAAGGUUCUGCUAUCACAGGUCCAGUGGCAAAGGAGUGUGCAGAUUUGUGGCCCAGGAUUGCAUCCAAUGCAGGAAGCAUUGCAUGA